UCUGGAGAAACCAGACGGUUAUUUUGAGGGUGGAGAGAGAAAAAAAAACCCAGAGAGACAAAAGAAAGCUAAUAGUAAAAGAAACUUAACAGAGAGAUUGAGGAGGGAGAGGGCGAGAUUGUCCCUUGACACUUUAAACAGAGUCUGUGACUUCCGGCAACCCCCCUGCCGGAAUAACUCACUCUUCUGGCACCGGCUACGUCCUCCAUUCCUUGUUACUUAUAAACCCUCUUCAUCGUCGUUCCGCGGCAAUGGACAGCAUCAGAAGUCCAUUCAAGGGAAUAAUCCACGAUGUCAAAGGAAGAGCAGCGUGCUACAAGGAAGACUGGAUUGGAGGACUUUGCUCUGGUGUUAGGAUAUUAGCUCCAACUUUCUACAUUUUCUUUGCUUCUGCACUUCCCGUUAUCACCUUUGGGGAGCAGUUGAGUAGGGAUACAGAUGGAACCUUAAGCACUGUGGAAACUUUGGCUUCUACUGCUCUAUGUGGUAUCAUUCAAUCAUUAUUUGGUGGGCAGCCUUUGCUGGUCUUAGGAGUUGCUGAACCCACUGUCAUAAUGUAUAAUUAUUUGUACACUUUCAGUAAGGGAAGACCAGAGUUGGGGACCAAACUGUUUCUAGCUUGGACUGGCUGGGUUUGUGUCUGGACAUCCCUGUUGCUCAUUCUUCUGGCAAUUUUCAAUGCAUGUAACAUCAUAUCCAGAUUUACUAGAAUUGCAGGGGAACUUUUCGGCAUGUUGAUCUCUGUUCUUUUUAUUCAAGAGGCCAUCAAGGGAGUAAUUUCUGAAUUCAGUAUUCCAAAAGCUGAAAAUCCAAAGCUGGAGGAGUUUCAAUUCCAGUGGCUCUACACCAAUGGGUUGCUUGCUGUCAUUUUCUGCUUCGGUGUCAUUUCCACUUCCCUUAAGAGCAGAAAAGCAAGAUCAUGGUGGUAUGGCACAGGGUGGCUCCGAAGUCUUAUUGCAGAUUAUGGGGUUCCCCUAAUGGUCUUGGUGUGGACAGCACUGUCUUAUGUUGUACCUGGUAAAGUUCCACAUGGAGUUCCUAGGAGGCUUGUUUGUCCAUUUCCCUGGGACUCUGCAUCACUCUACCAUUGGACCGUCACCAAGGAUAUGCCAAAUGUCCCAGUCUUGUACAUCUUUGCUGCCUUCAUACCAGCUGUGAUGAUAGCAGGCCUGUACUUCUUUGACCACAGUGUAGCUUCUCAGCUGGCACAACAGAAGGAGUUUAAUCUUCAAAAACCACCUGCUUACCACUACGAUAUGCUACUGCUGGGAAUAAUGACAUUGAUUUGUGGGUUGCUUGGGCUUCCUCCUUCAAAUGGUGUUCUUCCACAGUCCCCCAUGCACACUAAGAGCCUUGCUGUUCUAAGGAAGCAGGUGAUUCGAAAGAAGAUGAUAAAGAGUGCCCAGGAAUGCAUUAAACUAAAGGCAACCAACUCUGAGAUGUUUGGAAGGAUGGAAGCUGUGUUCAUAGAAAUGGACGGUGGCUCUCCUCCAAAUCCUAAGGAGUUGCAGAACUUAAGGGAGGCUGUAAUGAAAUCUGAUGAUGGGGGAGAGUUGAAGGGAAAAUUUGAUCCAGAGAAACACAUUGAUGCUCAUUUGCCUGUUCGGGUUAAUGAGCAAAGAGUGAGUAACCUGUUGCAGUCACUCCUUGUGGGCGGCUCAGUAUUUGCAAUCUUUGUAAUAAAAAAGAUACCUACCUCAGUUCUCUGGGGAUACUUUGCCUACAUGGCGAUCGAUAGUCUGCACGGGAAUCAGUUCUGGGAGAGGAUCUUGCUGCUCUUCAUCAGCCCUAGCCGGCGUUACAAAGUCUUGGAGGGUUCUCAUGCUUCAUUUGUGGAGUUAGUACCAUUCAAGUACAUUGUUGCAUUUGCGCUCUUCCAACUCGUAUACUUUCUGAUAUGCUUUGGGGUGACAUGGAUACCUAUAGCUGGAAUAUUGUUCCCACUGCCAUUCUUCGUUCUCAUAAGCAUAAGGGAACAUGUGCUACCCAAGUUCUUUCAUCCUGCCCAUCUACAAGAACUAGAUUCUUGUGAGUGGGAGGAAGUUCCCGGUGCUCCACAAGAAAAAGUACCACCUGAACCUGGUAACGACGAGGGCACAGACUAUGAUGGUGAGAUAUUAGAUGAGAUGACAACAAGCAGAGGUGAACUAAAGCUUAGAACCAGCUUCAGUAGUGAAGACAGGCUCUCUCAUGUGCACCCAGAAGAUGGCCAAAUAUGAUGAGACAGUGGAUGCUAAUCAAAUUAUAGAUUGAUUGAGAUCGAAGCUUGUGCUUUUCAUGAUGAGACAAAUGAUGGUUAAGCUCCUCAGCAGAGGAUUGUUGAAGGUCAAGGAUGCCUAGCUUGAAAAAGAUAAGUUAUGGAUAGAGCAAAGCACAUACAGAAAGUUUUUUUUUUUUUUAAGGCAAAAUUAAGGGACAAGGAGUAGAGAAGAGGGGAUAACAAAGGGUGUAAAUUUUUUUUUCUUCUUUUUUAUGGAAGCCAAAGGGUGUACUAAAAUUUUCACUUCUAUUGGUUUUCCAUUUUACAAAUCUUAGUAGUUAAACCACAAUUCCAGAUUAGGUUCUUAUCA